AUCCAAUCCAUUUCUGGCUUGAAAGGAAAAUGGCUUCCUCUGCGAACGGUCGAACGUGGGCCACGGACGAUCGGUAUAAACCAGAGGAAGAACUAUUAGUAUUCGGCUACUCGUGUAAGCUCUUUAGAGAUGAUGAAAAGGCAACAUUUAUUGACCGAGGGAAACAUUUGAUCCCCUGGAUGGGUGACGACAGCCUUAUGAUUGACAGGUAUGACGCCAGAGGUUAUCUACAUGACCUUCGUCAGUAUGAACCAAAAUCAGGUGGGGCCGAUUACUUGUCAGCACUUUCAAAUGAGGAACGACAGCUAGAGGAAUUGUGUGAGGAGGAACGUUACCUGGCACUCUUCAGAGACUUGCAAGAGGAAGCCAUUUAUAAAGAGGAAGAAAUAAAGAGGCUAAAUGCCGCCCUCAACCCAGAAACUGCACACAAGGAAAUUGCUUUUUCUUAUAAUUCCGAGAACAGUGCCGAGUCACCACAAGCAAAAGAUGACAGCAGUGAAGCCCCCUUUAAGGUUCCCAGUGGCCUCCAUAUCCCACCUUCAGUACCCCAGCCUCCCACAAUGAAGCUCCAUGCUAUCAUCGAGAAAACAGCUGUGUUUGUGUCUCAGCAUGGUCCUCAAAUGGAGAUAAUUAUCAAAACGAAGCAGGCAUCGAAUAAUCAGUUUGACUUCCUGUCGUUCGACCAUCCUCUCAACGUCUACUACCGCUUUCUCACUGAACAAAUCAAGUGUGGGACAUACAUCCCAACACAAGUGUCAAGCGCAGGCAAUGAAGACACUGAUGACGAGGAUGAUCACUACUUACAUCCAAGCUUGCUGCCCACUCCAUCGUCCUCUGUAAUGCAGGAAGUAUCGAAAGUUUUUCUGAGGAAAGAUGGGGAGGACAAUGCCUACUCUCGCUUGGUCAAGAACUUGAGGCCGCAGGUGGACAGCCCAGGCAACAACUCUCCAAGCCAACAGGACGUUGCUGCACAGCCCUAUGCUGACGGGUCCGGAGAGUACGGCGCAGGAGAACCCGUUCCCCCACCACCCCCCGGCCUGGAGCCGAUCCUGCUGCCAGCGCAAGCAGCACUGAUGGGCUACGCCGUGCCUCCUCCGCCUGACAUCCAGCCCAUCAUUGACAAGAUGGCUAUCUAUGUAGCCAAGAACGGCGACGACUUCGAGACUGUGGUCAAGAGCAAAGGCGACAAGAGAUUUGAGUUCCUGCUGCCCACCCACCAGUACCACACCUACUACUUGUACAAGAAGCAGAACUACAUCAACGAAAAUAAACCACAGGAUGAGGAAAUGGUGUCUUCUGAGCCGGCACCCCUACCUGCUGCAGUUCAAAGAGUAACUACCAUUGCCUCCAGUCUGCCUGCUCCACCCGCAGCACAGCUGCCUGUGCAAGAAAAUGGGAUUGCUUCCUUCGAAGCAAAACUUCCACCCAAGUUUCUGCUCGGGGAUGACGGCACCGGCUCGGGUUCCAACUCCCCGUCUCUUCCUUCUCUUUCUGCUGAUGACUCUGCAGUAUUGCCAACAGAACGUUCUUAUGCAAAAGGGCCAGUGAGCUUCUCCUUGAAAGCUAAAGAGGGUGAGAGCAAAGAAAAGAAAUGUAUAUCCCUCGUUGGGGUUGACUCUGACUCUGAAAGUAAGGGAGAGGGAAUGGACGUACAAGAAGGAAGCCAGCCUUCCAGCACAGUUGACAGUUCAACAAAAAUCGGCAUAUCUAAGUAUGGGGAUAGUACAGAAAGAAAAAGUGCAAAUGCCACUGGCACAGCGGUGUCAUCCCAAGACCAGGUCCCAAGCAGCAAGCAGAUUCAGCUGGAAAGAAAGAAACGCCUUGCCAAAUUUCUCAGCAUGAUCAAGGACAUGCCCGGUGCAAAAGACGGUUCGCUCGCUGUACAGGAGAAGUCGAGCAACCCUGCUGGCACAUCUCUCAGGGACCCACUUCCUUCCCUCAGAAGUCCUUCUGAUUCCUUACCUGGGUCAUCGCCAAAACAACAGAGAAGCGGUGACUCGUCCGGGGAAUCGCCCCGCAGGAGUCGAAGCCGAUCGCGACCUUCCCGCCACCGCUCAAAGUCACGUUCUCCGAGCCACAGGAGGUCAUCACACCACCACCACAGCCGCCGACACGGAAAGAGGAGAUCCCGUUCUCGCUCCAGGGAGAGGAAGCAUCAUAGGGGCAGGGGCUCACCUGCUCCUAGGUCCAGAAGGUCGAGAACCCCUUCUCCGUCACAUCGGUCUCACAGAAAGCGUUCGCAGUCAAGGUCGAAGAGUAGCAGGAAGAGGUAGUGUCGUCACUCGUGUGGCAGUAGUAGUGUACAGUUGUGCGUUGUAAAUAGUUUCUAUGUUUAUUUGUUUGUUUGUUUUAAUCUGAAGUGGUAAGAGAAGAAGGCUGGAACUCUUUAUUCGAAGGUAUUGAAGGAAAUAAAACAGAUAAACAGAUGGGCCUCAAAUUGAUAAACAAAUUGCUCGAAUAAAUGUGACAUGAAACAGGAGCGUGCUCAUUAGACAUUGUAUAGGACAGGUUGUUGUUGAAAUAUAAUUUUCCGCUAAGUAUUGUUGUCUGUGCUGUAAAGUAAGCUUGUACUGUACUGUUCCAUAACACUGCAAUUUUUACAUGUGUGAAACAAUAGAACACUGCGUGAGAACUCUA